ACCCCGAGAAAGUGACGCUUCUCGUAGAUGGCACAUGGUUCGUUGUGAAUCCACAGAUUUUCACUGCUCACCCGGACACCAUGCUGGGAAGGAUGUUCGGACCGGGAAGAGAGUACAACUUCACGCGGCCCAACGAGAAGGGGGAGUACGAGAUUGCCGAGGGCAUCAGUGCGACUGUAUUUCGCACAGUGCUGGAUUACUACAAAACUGGCAUCAUCAAUUGCCCAGAUGGCAUCUCUAUCCCUGACCUCAGAGACACGUGUGAUUACCUCUGCAUUAACUUUGACUUCAACACUGUCCGCUGUCAGGAUCUGAGAACCAGUGCUUUGCUGCACGAACUGUCUAACGACGGUGCUCACAAGCGGUUCGAUCACUACCUCGAAGAACUCAUUCUGCCCAUCAUGGUCGGCUGCGCCAAGAAAGGGGAGCGGGAAUGCCACAUAGUUGUGCUGACCGAUGAGGAUUCGGUGGACUGGGAUGAAGACCACACCCCACCCAUGGGGGAGGAAUAUUCUCAAAUUCUUUACAGCUCCAAGCUGUACAGAUUCUUCAAGUAUAUUGAGAAUCGAGAUGUUGCUAAAACAGUGUUAAAGGAACGAGGCCUGAAAAACAUUCGCAUCGGAAUUGAAGGUUACCCUACCUGUAAAGAAAAAAUUAAGAGAAGACCUGGUGGCCGGUCUGAAGUUAUCUAUAAUUAUGUGCAACGGCCCUUUAUCCAGAUGUCAUGGGAAAAGGAGGAAGGAAAGAGUCGCCAUGUGGAUUUCCAGUGUGUCCGGAGCAAAUCGCUCACUAACCUGGUAGCUGCUGGGGAGGACAUUUGGGAGGACCAGGAGGCACUCAUGCACCACCCGCCCCAGGUGGACGAACUUGACCGGCUAAACGCUCCCCUUUCUCAGAUGGCUUCCAGCGACGCUCAGGAUUAGGGCCAGUUGUGGGUCUGCCCUCAUGUAGCUCUGUGUGGGGCUCUCCCGCCAGGCCGCCCCAUAUUCCCUGUGCUUUGUCCUCCCCAUAAUUAACACGUCCUUUUCAGGAAGUCUGUGCCUCUGCUGGGGGUUGAAGAAGCACUUUGGUGAUGGAGCUAACAGCUUUGCAGUAGCCCUGGUAACUUGAAAAUUUGGGGUCUGGUGCUGUUCACUGAGUCUUUGCAGAACUGCAGAAGCAGGAAAGGAAGUUAAAGACUCCUGUCACCUCACAUUUAGGAAAGCAGUUCUUUCCUUUAUAAUCAGAGGGUGGUGUUUUUUUUAUACCAGGCAAAUUGCUUAGUAGCAAAGGGACCAAACGUAAAGGGAGGCAAUCUCUAGCUGUAAAAACAGGCCCUGGUGACUCACUGGAGGUGAAUGACACCAUUCCUGGGGCCUCUGCACCCACACUGCAGCUAGGAAGAGCUAGGCCUGCCUUCAAAAUGUCCGGCAGGAAAGUUCUAAGAGCUUACAUUCAAUUUUAUUUCUCAUGAAUGCAAAGCGCAAUCUAACACCAUGCAAGACAGGCGGUUUGGCAGGAGAACGACCUCGGUGUUUGUGAAAAGUUUUUAGCUUCAAGGUUUGUAACCCUCAACAAAUCGAUGGUUCACUUGGACAGAAACUCACAACUCAAGUGGAAGAACUUCUCUCAGUCAGACCAGUGGGAUCCUGGCAUGGAGGUCUUGGUGCCCUCAGGCAGCACAUUGCUGUAGGUGUGGCCGGGAGACCAGAGGGAAUGGCUUCGAGGCUCUCAAGAUGAGGACAAGAAUUUCUCACAAGUGCUCAGUGUCUUAACAGAGUCAUUGGAGC